AGUUCAUUUCAUUCAUUCAAGUGUUGAUUUUCGUUCAAUUUGGCGAAUUUGUGGAUAACGCUGGCAAAGACUUUACAAUUUUCGUGAUAAUAAACAGUGUUACUUAAUUUUAUUUGUUAGAAGUUACGAAAAACAGAGAAAAUGGCGUUGAGAACUUACGGCGAUAAGCCGAUAAGCUUUCAGAUAGAGGAGGGUGGAGAAUUCUACUGUGUCGGCUCAGAGGUCGGCAAUUACCUACGGUUAUUCCGUGGGUCUCUCUACAAGAAGUACCCGGGUAUGGCCCGGCGUACUCUUACCAACGAGGAGAGGAAACGUCUCAUUGACAAUGGUCUAGGAGCCCAUGUGCUGUCCAGCUCGGUAUCCCUCCUCAAAGCUUCUGAGGUUGAAGAUAUUAUUGAGGGCAACGAUGAUAAGUAUGUGUACAAAGCGGUGUCAGUCAGCCAGGAGUUGGCAACUCCUAGGGAGAGCAAGAGUAAGAAGCCACACAACCAGUCUUGGCUGCCGGUUAUGCCCAACUCUUCACACUUGGAUGCUGUACCACAAGCCACUCAGAUAAGCAGGACUAGGGUGCAUAAUAAGAAGGUGCGUACAUUCCCCCUGUGUUUUGAUGACACAGACAUGACUGCAAUGUUGGAGAACUCCUCACAGAAGCAGAUUCUUGUGCCCAUCAGACUGGACAUGGAGAUAGAAGGACAGAAACUGAGGGACACAUUUACUUGGAACAAAAAUGAAUCAAUAAUAACACCGGAACAAUUUGCGGAAGUGUUAUGCGAUGACCUUGAACUGAACACAAGCACAUUCAUCCCAGCAAUAGCUUCGUCUAUCAGACAGCAAAUAGAUGCGUUCCCGAGUGAACCUCCCGCUAUACUAGAGGAGCAGCCUGACCAGAGAGUUGUUAUUAAGCUGAACAUACAUGUGGGCAAUACUUCGCUAGUUGAUCAGGUGGAAUGGGACAUGUCGGAGAAAGAGAACAACCCGGAACAGUUUGCUAUGAAGCUGUGUGCUGAGCUGGGGUUAGGCGGGGAGUUCGUCACCGGCAUCGCUUACAGUGUGCGGGGACAGCUGAGCUGGCAUCAGAGGACUUAUGCUUUUAGUGAGGCACCGCUGCCUGUUGUUGAGACGCCAUACCGCCAGCCAUCGGAGGCGGAGCAAUGGGCGCCGCACCUGGAGACGCUCACCAACGCGGAGAUGGAGAAGAAGAUCCGCGACCAGGACCGCAACACGCGACGCAUGCGCCGCCUCGCCAACACUACGCCCGAUGUGUCCUUGAGUCGCGCCGUCAACCGGCUGAUUCGAGCCGACGAGGCCCUCUUCCAAACUACCCCAGAAAAGAGGAGGAAAAAGAUAUAAACUUGCAACACUUGGAAAAAAUGCUGUGUCCUCCUUACUAUAGAAAAAUAUUUCGUUUACAUACCUACAUUAUAAACUCCUUAGGCCCAUUUUCGUCGACAUCAUAAACGUCAGGUUUCUGAAAAUAACUAAUUAGGUUCUAUGAAUAUUCCCAUUCAAUUUUAAAAGUAAACAGAUGUUUUAAGAAAACCUGAAGUUUAUGUUGUCGCUAAUAAUGGGCCUUAACGUUGUCAUACAUCUGGUUUGCUGCUAACCACUUCGACUUCAUACACCCCUGGUACUUUCAACUGUAAAGUUAUACGUAAGUAAUUUCUAUUUUAACGUUUUACAUACGCCUGAUACGAAUUAUUAAAUAAGUAAGCUUUUUUAUAGAUUCUACUUUUAUUUUUUUUCAUAUAUUGCUUUAGUUUUAGAUGUCUGAAACGGGUAUAUGUUUCAUAUUCAAUGAUAAUUUUGCCAUAUUGUGAUAGAUAUCAUCUUGCCAAUACGACAUUCAAUGGUGGGACACAGCAACUUAAUUUUUUAUUCCAUAUUAUUAUAAAUCUUGAUGUAAUCGUAAAUUUCAAUACGUAGUUCUUUACAUUUAGGGAAUUUAAAGCGCUUGGUCUGUGAGAGAUCAGUUU